UCAGGCAAUGCUUUCUGGAGGCGAAGAUUCCUCUGCUUUCUCGCUUCCGUUGAUCGCCCACACAGCCGCCGACGCUUCAUCUCUGAAUGCUCAAACUCAGUCGCUUCUUAGCGUUGCCGAAGAGAAGUAUCUCUUGCACUAUCCGAUGGCUCCCGCGGUGGAGCCGGCACCGUCCUUUGGUUUCUUCGUUGAAGAAGUUUUGGCCGGUCAGAGUAAAGCUGCUGAGUGGCCGAAGCCGGUCGACUUUUUCUCUGAGAAGCUGAAAAUGCCGAAGAGAGAGCCGUUCAACUAUGAAGAUGUUGGCAGUGUGUCGACGGAGCCGUUUAACUUCAUGUACGGAGGCUCUGAUUUAUCUGUUUCUAGGUUCUGUGCUUGGAGGUUCCAGCAGCUUCCGGAUCUCCGGUCUCUGGAGCAGCUUCAGGAAGGUUUCGGAUUCGCCGAGUCGUCCAGGAAACGAGGCAAGUCGUUCUCGCUGAUGAGCAAUGACGAAAUGACGAUUGACGCAAUGGUUGGGAACAUUAGGUCAUCGAACGACUUUGUCAGUUCGAGGUCGCCGGAGAUUCGAACGCCGAGGCUGCCGCCGGCUGUGGCAGUGCCGGCAAGCGUGAUGGCUCGGCAGCGACGGCAGAGGAUCAGCGACAAGUACCGGUGCUUGCAGAAGCUGUUGCCGUGGGACAGAAAGAUGGACAUAGCGACGAUGCUGGAGGAGGCGUACAAAUACGUGAGGUUCCUCAAGGCGCAGAUUAGCGUCCUACAGUCCAUGCCCUGCGAUUCAUCAAGUUUCGCCACUCAAAACACUUGGGAUGCUAAAGUUUUCGGCGGAUUGGGGAGGCUAAACCGGCAACAACUCCUUCAGAUCCUGGUGAACUCUCCGGUGGUUCAGACGGUGCUGUACUCGAAAGGUUGCUGCGUGUACUCAAUCGAACAAAUGCUUCUGCUGAAGAACAUUGCCGAGAGGAAGGCUCUCUAUCAACAGUUAAUGUUCGAUCCUUCAACUUCCUCUUGAAAGCUUCGUUACGACAAAACAGGUGCUGUAAUGAAUGUUCUAAUUUUCAACUUUUUGUUUCUGUUUUUUCGUUUCUUAAAAAAAUGCAGGAGCGCGUGUGCGCUUGCUGGGCACGCGCUCAUACAGUUCGGUUAUGGAAACCCUACUUGGUUUUGGAUAUGGUCAGAGAGUUUUGGAGGGUUCGUUCCUUUUCGCUUGUUAUGAUAGUAAUCAGAUGAGAGUAAUAUCCAAAUAGA